GCGGCCCUAGCGGGGUCGGCCGGCGCCGCGCUCCCCGCCUCCCCUCGGUGCAGAGCACAGGUGUCCCACGUGGCUCCCGCCCGCGCUCCCCUCCCCGGGCUUGCAGCGCCCCCUGGCCCGAGCCGGGUCCCGCCGCGCGCUCCUCGCCGUGAGUCCAGCCGGCGUGGUCUCCGCGUCGCUGGAACCCCCUUCCUUCCCGGCGCUCGCACCGGAGGAGACGCCCCGCCCCCGGGAGCCCCUGCCCCGUGUGCAGAGACGGGGCGUCCCGCUUGGAUGCGGCGUCGGCGCGGCGGAUUUCGUUCGGCAUUGUCUGCGCUCCACCCGAGCACCGCGGCGGGGCCCGCACGCCUCUCCGGGAAGUCGGCGUCCCGGGCAGAAAGCACCUGGCGGCCCUCCUCGGGGUACCCCUCCUUCGGUCCCGGGGCGAGCCGGCGGGGGUCUUGGGAGCCAGCGCGCUGCGGGCCCUGCAGCAGCCCCUCCGGUGGGUCCUCGGGGACGCCAAGCAGAGCGGCUCGGACCGCAGAUUUCCUGAUCUCCACUUGGGCACCUCUGCCCUUGCCCAGAGGACUUUGGCACUGUUGGCUCCUGGGAUCCUGGCAAUAACCUUUCCAGUCAUAUCAACAUGCCCUCUCUCCUGUUGCUGGAAGCCAUCUGCAUUGUCCUGUUUGCUGGAGUGCCUCCAUCCCUCCCUCUGCAGGAAGUCCACGUGAGCAAGCAGAUUAUUGGGAAGAUUUCAGUCGCCAGCAAAAUGAUGUGGUGCUCGGCUGCAGUGGACGUCCUGUUUCUGAUGGAUGGCUCUCAUAGUGUCGGGAAAGGGAGCUUUGAAAGAUCCAAGCACUUUGCCAUCACGGUCUGUAAUGCUCUGGACAUCAACCCUAGGAAGGUCAGGGUGGGAGCCGUCCAGUUCAGUUCCGCCCCUCGUCUGGAAUUCCCCUUGGAUGCCUUUUCAACCCAACAGGAAGUGAAGGCAAAAAUCAAGAGGAUGGUUUUCAAAGGAGGGCGCACAGAGACAAACCUUGCUCUGAAAUACCUUCUGCACAAAGGAUUCCCAGGGGGCAGAAAUGCCUCUGUGCCCCAGAUCCUCAUCAUCGUCACUGAUGGAAGGUCCCAAGGGCACGUGGCCCUGCCCGCCAAACAGCUCAAGCAGAGGGGCAUCACUGUGUUCUCCGUGGGCAUCCGCUUCCCAAGGUGGGAGGAGCUGCACUCACUGGCCAGCGAUCCAAGGGAGCAGCAUGUGCUGAUGGCCGAGCAGGUGGAUGACGCCGCCAACGGCCUCUUCAGCACCCUCAGCAGCUCCGCCAUCUGCACCACUGCCUCUCCAGACUGCAAGGUUCAGCCUCACCCCUGUGAGCGCAAGACGCUGGAGACGAUCAGGGAGCAUGCUGGCCUCGCCCCGUGCUGGAGAGGAUCUCGGGGCACUGAUGCUGUGCUGUCUGCCCUCUGUCCCUUCUCCAGCUGGAAGAGAGUGUUCUUCACCCACCCCACCAGCUGCUACAGGACCACCUGCCCAGGCCCCUGUGACUCACAGCCCUGCCAGAAUGGAGGCACGUGUGUUCCAGAAGGACCAGACAGGUACAACUGCCUCUGCCCGCCAGCCUUUGGAAGGGAAGCCAACUGCGCUCUGAAUCUGAGCCUGGAGUGCAGAGUGGACGUCCUGUUCCUGCUGGCCAGCUCAGCGGACGCCACCCCAGAGGGCUUCCAGCGGGCCAAGGCCUUCCUGAAGCGGUUUGUGCGGGCAGCCCUGGCCGGAGACUCCCGGGCGCGUGUGGGUGUGGCCCUCUAUGGCGCAGAGCUGACCGUGGCCGUGCCGGUGGGCGAGUAUCAGGACGUGCCGGACCUGGUCCGGAGCCUCGACAGCCUGCACUUCGACGGUGGCGCCACCCUGACGGGCCGGGCCCUGCAGCAGGUGGCAGAGCGUGGCUUCGGGAGUGCCCCCAGGACAGGCCUGGACCGGCCUCAACGGGUGGUGGUCUUGAUGACCGAGGCGCGCUCCCAGGACGAGGUGGCCGGCCCAGCGGGCUUCGCGAGGGCCCGGGAGCUGCUCCUGCUGGGUGUGGGCAGCGAGGACGUGCGGGCGGAACUGGAGAUGAUCACUGGCGGCGCGGACAGCGUGCUGACCUACACCAGCCCGCAGGACCUAUUCGACCAAAUCCCAAAGCUGCAGGGCAAGCUGUGCAGCCGGCCACGCCCAGGUUGCCAGGCCCAGUCGCUGGACCUGGCCUUCAUGCUGGACGCCUCGGUCUCAGUGGGGCCCGAGAACUUUGCCCAGAUGCAGAGCUUCGUGAGAAGCUGCGCCCUCCGGCUUGACGUGAACCCCGAUGUGACGCAGAUCGGCCUGGUGGUGUACGGCGGCCGCGUCCAGACAGCCUUCGGGCUGGACACCCACCUCAGCCUUGCUGCAGUGCUGCGGGCCCUGAGCCAGGCCCCCUACCUGGGAGGGGUGGGCUCGGCAGGCACGGCCUUGCUGCACAUCUAUGACAAGGUGAUGACGGUCCAGGGCGGCGCCCGGCCUGGCGUCCCCAAAGCGGUGGUGGUGGUCACGGGUGGGAGCGGGGUGGAGGACGCGGCUGUCCCGGCCCAGAAGCUGAGGGACAACGGCGUCUCGGUCUUGGUGGUGGGUGUGGGGCCCGUCCUGAGGGAGGCACUGCGGAGGCUCGCGGGUCCCCGCGAUGCCCUGAUCCACGUGGCAGCCUACACAGACCUGAGCCACCACCAGGAUGCACUCAUCGAAUGGAUAUGCAGAGAAGCCAAGCGGCCAGUUAACCUCUGCAAACCCAGCCCAUGCAUGAACGAGGGCACCUGUGUCCUGCGCAACGGGAGCUACCGCUGCGAGUGCCAGGGUGGCUGGGAGGGCCCCCACUGUGAAAACCGGGCCUUGAGAGGAGAUGCCCUCAAGGCACGUGGCUCCGGCCGAGAGCCUGCAGGAGGGCAGCCACUGAGCCCCUCCCAGCUGGGCCUACAAAGAAGGCGUGGGCCCCCUGGGCACUGAAAGGGAGCCUACCCUCAGCAGAGCACCCUGUCUGUGGUCUCUGCCUCCAGCCCCGUCUGAACCCUCCUGCUCACUGUCCUGCCCCAGGGAGAAGAGAGGGCUCAGCUGCAGACAGAGCUACCCAGGGACAUGGUAGCAGCUGGUUACCCCCUUCACGACCACACUGAGAACUCUUCACAUGUUUUGCUGACCGAAUUGUGCACUGUCGAGCUGGUGCCAUCUGCCGCGUGUCCCCUGAGGAGCAGCAGAGGAACCUGGAGACUUCUGAUGGCCUGUUUGAAGCUCACGUUGCCCACAGUGAUGGCUAAACAGGACAUUGCUGGGACAGUUAUGCCCAAGAAGGCAGUGAUGACAGACCCCUGACUCGAUGAUGGCAUCUCAGGAUGGACGGAGGGUGGACUUUUAAACACAUCUUUCCCCGAAGAUGCUCCAGAUGCAUUCAUUCUAUAGUUUGAAGAGGGGCUUGGGCGGCAUUGUUCUGGUGACGGGAUCCCUGUGUGGGACUUGGAAAGGCCUCAGACUGGAAGGAGACUGACUGACCAGCUCUUUGCCUGAGGGGGAGGGGCUGUGUGUGCAAACAGCCCUGGGGGUGGGGGGCUAAGUGUGCAAACAGCCCUGGACCCGAGGGGCCACCUAAGGUGACCAGCACUCCCUUCGAGAGGCUUCUUAGUGUUUACUUAAGAGGGUUCAUUGUGGGGUGUUUCUUGAGUGCCUGUCUUACUCUCCCUUUGGUUGUCAAAAAGGAGCAGAAUUCUUAAACUCAGUCAAUGUAGAACAAAGAGAUUUGAAGGGGUUGGCUUUUUUCGAUAUAGAUCUUAUGCUGCCUUGGUUUUAGUUUUGUUUUUCAUACCUGGUUUUAAAAGGAAUAUUUCAAGAAGUGACAUUGGUUGUGUUUAUUUAACAGGAGCAUUUGUCCCUAAAUGGCAGAAAGGCUUAGAUAGCAUAUUCUCUGGCAAACUGGAUAUUUGCUUAUCCCACAGUCCUUAACAAAUCAAUUCUCUGCCCAGGUGGUCAAGUUUGGAGUUGGUUUUCAGUAGAAGCCUUUGCAGAGCUCUGAUUUAAAUCCAGUCACUUUAUCAUAGUUUUUAUUUUUAAUGUAAAUACCUUAAUGUGAUGUUUUAAGGGCAAACAUUCAAGGCUACGUUGAUUUAAAUACUGCUUUUAGCUUUAAGAACUUCAGGAUUUCUGGUGCAAAGUACUUGGAAGGUCAUCACUGUGGUUUUAUUAGAUGUUAAAAACAAGUCCAGUGUGCCAAGCACUGUGCAUGACAGUCAUUUCCAUUCCAGUCGUCGCCUUCUGCCAAGGCAGAAGCAAUAUCAGAGCAGAGUCACGUGCCCACCGGUAGGUGCUGAUGGCUGAUGUUAGAGAAUUCCACUGUCUUCUACAUUAACAGCAGUUUAAUCAAUCAUUUCAUAAUGUAGGCUCUUUGUCUGGCUCAGGGUUGAUAUUUGGAUGUCCCAUUUGAACUGGACUUAAAAACCGCACAAAACUGGGCCCUGGGCCUAGCCUAACAUAUUAAAGACCUUACUGUUGCUAUUUUUAGGUUUCAGCCCUUGGGGUGAAAAAAAAUUUUAACCUUUUCUAGCGAAGGUGCUGCUGUUUAACCCUUUCUGGGUUCUAGUAGUGGAAGAGGGAAUUCCUGACACGAUAACCUUAAGUGAUCUUUUCCCAGCUAACCCUUUUUCUUUCUUUUUAAAGAAACUGGCUUUUAAUUACAUAAUAUACAAAUAUGUUCUCCUUGUAAAAACUUAAACAUUGCUGAUAGAUCAUAAGUCUUUUAUUUUCUCCAAAUGAUCUUUAUCCCAGCCAGCUGCUCUAGUUUGAAUAGUUGACUCUCUUGCUUUUCUAGAAAGAUAGCAUUUACAAGUAACGACAGUUUUGUCUCUCCUUUUGAAAUUUCAUACUACUUUUUCUUGUCAUUUUGCAUUGUCUAGGACCUCCAGAAUGAUGUUUUAACAAGUAGUGGACUGUAGCUGGUUCUUGACUUGAAAGGACGUUUUUAUCAUUGUUACUCUCCGUGCAUUACUUGAUAAGGAAUGCUUGCUUCUAUUCCUGGAUUACAGAGUGUUUAUUAGGAGUAUUGAGAUUUGUGGUUUGCAUUUCUGCUCCCUUUGAGAUGUUUUUUCCACAUUUGAUUGGUUAAUAUGAUAAAAUGCCUAUUUGUAUUUUCAGUUGGUGAACCACCUUUGAUUUCUUGGAUAAAUGCUAUUUGGUUGCAAUGUCUGGUUCUUUAAACACUGCUGAAUUUCAUUUGCCAAUAUU